GAAAUUUAAGUUUCCUUUUUUUGAUAAGCAAGUUUCCUUUUUCUACUGAUAUCUCCUUUAUCUUUCCUUUUCCUUUUAACUUUCUGGUAUUAUUAAAUAUUGUUUUUUGUGAUAUUUGUUUUCGCGGGUGAACUUCCGCGCUCUAAUUUCACUCACGCGGGUGAACUUCCAUUGCAAACCCUGAUUGCGAAAAUGUUCUACGGCGGUGAUGCUGCCUCCGACGACCUCUACAUCCGCCUGAAAUCGCUCCAGCGGCCGCUGCAGUUCAAACCCACCGCUCCCUUCCAAUCGCUCAUCAGCUUUUCAGGGAGUAAAAAUUGCUGGAGCUCAAUGCUAUUGAUGAUUGUGGAAUUUUCGUUGCUGUGGCGGUUGGUACUAAUAUGCCUAAGGGAUAUGCUGGCCAUAGUCUCUGUGUCUUUGAUGCUCACAAGGCUAUAAUGACAGCAGGAGCUGGGAAGGACCUUGUCUCCAGUCUUGUAUCAGUUUGAUCCUUAAAGGAUACAGUACGACACUUCAUCUUCUUCCCACCAGGAUGUUGCAGCUUGGUUGUUUGUAUGGGAGGCCUUAUUUGGACCCUCUGGACUUAUCAAGUAGUCCUUGACAAUCUGAUCUGACACAACUUUUCAGUUUCAACUAUGGGGCAUUAACUCCCCAUGGGUCAAUACGUAAGUAUUAUCUUUCAGGGAUUGACAAUCUUACAGACAUGAAAUACUGAUGGUUCUUUUAACUUGGUUGAACAUAAUGUUCAGUUUUAGAUCAGGUGUAGUUAUUACUUAGAAGUAUACCUGACAAUAAUUCUUAAUUAGAUUAUUAAGGGGUGUUCCAAGUUUCUUGAGUUGUCAGCUUCUUUGGAAUAUUCGAAUUUGUCAUAAUCAGUGUAUGAUCAUCAUAUAUUCUUUUUAUCACCAUAUAAUGUCAACUUUUAGAUGUGAUAAUGUAGCCCCUCCAGAGCAGAUAUUAAAUUUGAGAUGCCACAUGUUGCACCCGUAGGUUCAUUAUGUGCAAUAUAAGAAAUCUAUCAUCUAGUACACAAAGAGCAACGUUCUGGAUUCUUUUAGCACUCUCAUCCAUGUCUUUGUAGCUCCAAACCUCAAGAUUCAAACAUCACAUUUUUCACAUUUGUAGAAGUACUUUUAAAGUUGAUGUGGUUCUGCUAUCACACUUCACGGAAGCUAGACUUCUCAUUUAAGGCAUUCAUUUUUAACAAAAUUAGCCAAACAAAUCUAUGUACCACAAAACAAAACAGUACAUACACUUGAGACACUUUUUUUUUUCCUCUCUAAACAUCCUAUUAUAUCACAUUUUUUACUUAUUUUCCAUCUCUUCCUAGCUCUCUUUAGUGGUCUACCCCUAUUGUCAAUCUCUAUUGCAAAUCUGUUGAUGGACAUGAGUCACAUGAGCCACCAUAACAUGCUGUCAGAAAAGUAGUAGGAGGAGAAGCCGUUGUUUGCGACAGUGGGGGCAAAAAGGAGUGCAAGGGAAGAAGAAAAAGAAAACUAUUGAAGACAAUAAAAAUAUUAAAGGAUAUACAGAUAGAUCCCUCAUUAAGAAGAUAACAAAUGUAAAAAACAUUCCUAAAAAAAGUAGAGAACUCAUUCAAUUGGUGGAAACCCCCUCGAAGGGGGUGGAAACCCCUCUUGGGGGCGGGGGCGGCUAGUUUGUUAUUCUGGUUUAAGAAUUUGUUGCUCUGGAAACUCCCCACUUGCCAAUAUAUAUUGUUUUGGUCAACUUUCACUUUUCAUUUUGAAGCAACACACACAUAUAUGCAUAUUACAUAUAACAACACACACACACACAUAUAUAUAUAUGCAAUUACUCACAUAUAUGUGUGUGUAACGAUAUGUGUACAUAUGGUUUUAGCUUGACAUGCAAUGAACAUAUAGCUUGAUGGGGAUUAUAAAUUGCCAUAAACUGCCAGUAACCUGUAUUAUAUGUAUAUCUAGCUAAAGCUAUAUGUAACCGCUACUAUUUAUAUGAUCGUACUGCACUUGCAAUCUUGCAUCUAUACUCAACACAUGUCUCCCUGGAUGGUUGUAACUGCCUUUGGCGCCACCAUUGUGGCAGCGAUCCUCAUUUAUCGGCUGUUUAAACUCAUAACUCAGCCCUCCUCACCUCUCCCACCGGGGCCACGACCAUGGCCCAUAGUAGGAAACUUACCUCACUUGGGCCCUGCACCACACCAGGUCCUCGCAGCCUUGGCCCUCAAACACGGGCCUCUCAUGCACCUUCGCUUGGGUUCCGUUCACGUCGUGGUGGCCGCCUCCGCCUCCGUGGCGGAGCAGUUCUUGAAGGUUAACGACGCUAACUUCUCCAACCGCCCCAAGUUCGCCGGUGGCAUAGACGUGUCCUAUAACUUCCAGGACCUUGUGUUUGCUCCUUACGGCCCGCGGUGGCGGUUGGUCCGGAAAUUAUGCUCCCUCCACAUGUUCUCUGCUAAGGCCAUGCAUGGUUCUAUACACGUGCGACACGAAGAGGUAGCAAGAUUGGCACACAACCUUGCAACGCCAGGGUCUAAAGCAGUAAACUUAGGACAAAUGCUGAAUGUAUGCACGACCAACGCAUUAGCAAGGAUAAUGAUAGGACGACGAGUGUUCAACGAAGGCAAUGGUGGUUGUGAUCCUAGGGCAGAUGAGUUUAAGUCUACGGUGGUGGAAUUUAUGGUACUGGCUGGAGUUUUCGAUAUCAGUGACUUUAUUCCCUCAUUGGAAUGGCUAGACCUUCAGGGAGUGAAAGCGAAAAUGAAGAAGAUACACAAGAGGUUUGAUGCAUUUUUUACUAGCAUUAUUGAGGAGCAAAAGGUUUCAAAGAAUGAGAAACACCAAGACAUGUUGAGUAUGUUGUUGUCACUAAAAGAGGCUCCAAAGGAUGAAGACAAACUUAGUGAUACUGAGAUCAAAGCAUUACUUACGAACAUGUUCACGGCCGGGACAGACACAUCAUCAAGCACAACGGAGUGGGCAAUUGCAGAACUAAUCAAGAAUUCAAGAAUCAUGUUAAGAGUUCAACAGGAAUUAGACAAAGUUGUGGGCAAGGAGAGACAUGUGAGGGAACAAGACAUGCCUAACCUUCCUUAUUUAGAGGCUGUGGUAAAAGAAACAUUUCGCCUCCAUCCACCAACACCUCUUUCUCUCCCACGAAUUGCAGCAAAGAAUUGUGAGAUCUUCAACUACCACAUCCCUAAAGGUGCAACUCUCUUGGUGAAUGUUUGGGCCAUAGCCCGUGACCCGAAGGAAUGGGCCAGCCCAUUGGAGUUCAGACCCGAAAGGUUCCUACCUGGUGGUGACAAGGCUGAUGUUGAUGUUAAGGGAACUGACUUUGAGGUGAUACCCUUUGGUGCAGGACGUAGAAUAUGUGUUGGUAUGAGUCUUGGCAUCAGGAUGGUUCAAUUGAUUGUUGCAACCCUGGCACAUGCAUUUGAUUGGGAGUUGGAGAAUGGGCAGAAUCCAGAAAAGCUUAACAUGGAUGAAGCAUAUGGGAUCACAUUGCAAAGAGUUGUGCCCCUUUCUGUUCACCCUCGCCCUAGGCUUUCACCACAUGUGUACUCAUUGUCACCAUCAUCAAGUUGACUCGGAUUUUAGCUUAAUGUUACUUGUUUCCACCCCUCCCUCUUUUUAUUGAAGCAUGUCAUCUUAAUAUGAAAAAGUUAGUACCCUACUUUAUGAAAAUUCAGAAGAGGGUUUAGUUGUUA